AUGAGCAAAAAAAAUAAAAAGAAAGUAGUCGAAAACGAGUCUGUAAAUUGUGCAAGACAUAGAGAUAGGGCAGUAGAACACCCAGAAAUUAUUGAAUGGCCAUUUGAGCUGAUAGUAUUAAGGAGUCGUGAUAUUAGUAGGCAAAAUCUUUUGGAGUUAAGAAUUUCGGAGAUUACUGCAAAAAAAUUGGGAAUAGCCAAUGGGACAAUUUGUGUAAUAUUAUAUGUUCAAUAUAGGACAUGUGUAACUCUGCGUAUUUUGGAAUCUCAAGCUAAACUAGAACAGAAUACUGCAAUAUUGGGAAGUUUGGUCUUGAACAAUCUUAAUAUCAAGGAUGUCUCUGAAAGUACAAAAAUAAAAUUAAUACCACUAAAGAAAUAUAUAUCAGAUAAAGAUAUUUGCAAUAGGAUUAAUUUAAAGUUUCAUAGUAUUACACAAAAUGGAAUUUAUGAAACAAACGAAACAAUACAUUAUAAAUGCCCAGAAUGGAUAAAAUCGAAUGCACAUACUCAGAAACUAAUUAUGGCACGUUGCAGAGGUAUUUGUAUAUUUGAAGGCAACUUAAUUCCCAUAUUUAUUGCUGGUGAGGUGAUAUAUUUUAAUAUAUACAAUUAUGACAAAACAGAAUCAGGAGUAAUUAGAAUAGGAACUCAGACGAAGAUUGAUUUUGAUCUAGACAAUUUUAAACAAGAUUUAGAGCUAAAUAAGGACUUUAUAGAUAAUUUAGAUGAUUCAAAUACAAUCUUAAAUUUUGAAAAUAUAAAUGUAGGUAAUUCAGGUGAUAAACAAGGAUUUGCUAAAAUUGGAGGUAUGAAUUACUUAAAGAAUGAUAUUAAGAGAUGUUUACUACAACCAUUACGUUACUCACGGAUUUAUUCACUAUUUGGGGUAUCUCCUGUAAAAGGAAUUUUGUUAUAUGGUCCUCCAGGUACAGGCAAAACUUUAAUUGCUCGCUGUAUAGCUGAAGAAGUUCAACUAAUUCAAGAAGAACUAAAGGAUGCAAACUUUAAUAUUCCUGUUGAAGUUCACUUUAUAGUUUUAAAUGGAAGCUCAUUAAUAGAUGAUAAUGAAGAGUCUAUAUUAAACUCUUUACAUAAAAUUGGAGAAAAUUCUAAAAGACAAGAUAAAGAUAUUUAUAGUAUAUUAUUUAUAGAUGAAAUUGAUAUAGUUUGUGCCAAUAGAGAAAAUUGUGAGCAGUUAUAUAGUAAUAAAAAUAAAAAAAUUUUAUCAUAUCUACUAACUUUAUUAGAUGGAUUUAAUCAAGAUAAUAAAAUUAUUUUGAUUGCAUCUACAAAUAAGCCAAAUGAUAUAGAUCCAGCAUUGAGACGAGCUGGAAGAAUCGAUCGUGAAAUAUCGGUUGAAGUACCAAAUAGUGAAGAAAGAUUUGAAAUACUUAAAGUUAUACUUGAAAAUAUUCCAAAUACCAUAACAGAUAUGGAAUUAAAAACAAUUGUAGAUAUGACCCAAGCAUUUGUAGGAGCAGAUUUAAAUACUUUAAUAAAAGAAUCAAUCAAUAGAGCUCUGAGUGAAUAUAUUAUUAAGGAGAAAGAAAUUAUGACAAAGUUAAGCUUUGAAGAUAUAAUUGAGUGCGUAAAAGAUAUAAAACCUUCAGCUUUAAGGGAAUUAUCUAUUGAGAUACCGAAGACUUUGUGGAGUGAUAUUGGAGGAUAUGAAGAUGUUAAACAACAACUCAAAGAGUGUGUUGAAUGGCCUAUAGUACACUUCAAAUUAUUUAAUGCAAUGAAAAUAAAGCCACCAAGUGGCAUUUUAUUAUAUGGACCACCUGGAUGUUCAAAAACAUUAAUGGCCAAAGCCGUUGCAACUGAAAGUAAGAUGAAUUUCAUAAGUGUAAAAGGUCCGGAAUUAUUUUCUAAGUGGGUAGGUGAAUCAGAAAAAGCUAUAAGAGAAGUAUUUAGAAAGGCUAGACAAAAUUCUCCUUGCGUUAUAUUUUUCGAUGAGAUAGAUGCUCUUGGUACCAGUAGAGAAAGUAGUAACUCUAGUGAUAGUGUUUCAAGUCGUGUACUUUCUCAGAUGUUAAAUGAAAUGGAUGGGAUAACUACUCAUAAACAAAUAAUUAUAAUAGGAGCAACUAAUCGUCCAGAUUUGCUGGACUCAGCACUACUAAGACCAGGAAGGCUUGAUAGAUUGAUUUAUGUAGGAUUACCAGAUGAAAUGGCAAGAAUGAAGAUUUUAGAUAUAUACUUAAAGCAUAUAUCUAAUUACCAAUCAUUCAAUACAAUCAGUGAUAAUGAAUAUGAAUUGAAUUUAGGAAUUAACAAAGAUUUUGAUAUAAAAUCUAAUUCUUUAGCUUCAAUUGAUGAUAUAACCCAAUCUAUUGAUGAAUUACAACUAUUAGAUAUAAAAAACAAUUCUCCAAGAAAUUAUGAUGAAAUGAUAAAGAAAUUGGCAAAAUUAACUGACGGGUAUAGUGGAGCUGAAAUUUCAUUGCUAUGUCGAGAAGCAGCAAUGCAUGUAAUCAGAAAAGUGCUAAACAGAUCUGAUAAUUCAAAUAGUAGUAUAGAAACAACAGAUAUUAAUACAAAUAUGAUAUUAAACAUAUCAAUAACAUGGAGUGAUAUUAUUGAAGCAAAAAGAAAAGUUAAACCUCGCAUUCCAAAAUCAUUAAUUGAAUUUUACAUUAAUUAUUCCAAACAAGUUAUUAAAUAG